CCCACAAGCAACGCCUUUGUAAAUCGAAUCAAAGCAAGCAAGAAAAACCAAAGGCACAUCCGAUUCACAAAAGAGAGAAAAAGGAGAGAGGUUACUAAACUUGCAAUGGAAAACACAUCAUCUUUGGAGUUCCUUCUCCUCCAAGAAGUUCAAUUCUUGGAAGUGAAAGAUGAUCUUCUCUCCCAGUGGGAAUUUGUCAACGUUGUGGAUUCUGAAGCAGCAGCAGCAGAAGAAGAAGACGACGAUGCAGAUGGUGAUUGCGUUCCCCAGAAGAGACCUGGUUCGUGGGUUUCUUCGAUUUCCUGGUCCAUUUCUCCCAAUACAGGCCCGAUCGACGGCAUUCGUUUUUACCUUCCUCAUUUCGAUGCCCCAAAACUGAAGGACCAGCCUGAUGACGUCGAUGAUAGCAACGCCGAUCGUCGUUUUGAUGGCGUUGAGGAUGAGAUCGAUGGGUCUCAAUUCGGUAAUGGUGAUGCAGGCGGUUGCGAUGGGGAUGACUACGAGGAUAUGGAUGAUUAUGAUGGGUAUGAUUUGGACGAUGAGCUCGUUCCGUGGUCUGUGAACGCUAAAUUUGGGAGGCAAAGGAUGAGGAAAUUGGGGAAAAGGGCAUUUUCGAAGAUGAACAAUUCCAAGAGGUCACCCUAUCUGUUUGUAAGGCCUGGGUGUGUUCGUGGCAAGCAUGGGCUGGGUCUUAAGCACAAUUACUAGCUUUUAAGCGCAAGGUAUUUAGAGACUCAUAUUCAAGAAAUAGACUCGAAUUGGGGUUAAGAUGUAAUUGAUCCUUAGGGUAAGAUAGCACGUUUUUCUUUUAUGUGGAUGCCAUUUGUUGUGUAUAUGUAAUUAUAGAUUUGAUAGAAUUGUCUUUCCUUUGACGUUGCUUGGUUAAUUGCUUGGGUCAACACCGAUCGCUUCUGACCUGACUGUAAAAACUUAACAGAAAAUGGGCAUCCUGAAUAAAAGAUCAAGGAGCUUGAAUUGAAA